AUGAAUUUCUUGAAUAUUUUUACAAAUGAAAAGAAAAAAAACAAUGAAUCGGUAAGUACUCCAAAUUGUGAACUCCAACAAGAUAAUAACACUUCUUCACCACACCCAGUAACAAAUGAUGUUAAGAUAAAUUACAAUCAUGUUAUCAACCCCAAGGAAGAAGGAGGUGUUGACAUUUCUCCCACCUUCGACAAUGUCCAACAGGUCAAUAUGAGGAACCAUCAUAUGUACAAUUCAGUUAUUCCUACUCAUUUUGAAAGCGCUGCGAAUGCCUUAAUCACCGUUCCCACUGAAACAGAGAUGCAUAUUCCCCCAGCAAAAUUGGGGAAUCUCAUACCUGGUCUAAGUUUAAUCAACAUGAGUGGGACGAGCGUGGGUGACACUAGCAUCAGUGUCUCUAAUGUGAAUCACCCCAGCGUGAAUCAACCAAUUAUGAGUCAUCUCAAUUUGAGCUGCGACAACAUGAGUACUGUGCAGUUGGACAGCCAAUUGAAUAGCAAAUUGGACAACCAAUUGGACAGUCGAUUGAACAACCAAUUGGACAGUCGAUUGAACAACCAAUUGGACAGUCGAUUGAACAACCAAUUGGACAGUCGAUUGAACAACCAAUUGGACAGUCGAUUGAACAACCAAUUGAAUAGCCAAUUGAAUAGCAAAUUGGACAACCAAUUGGACAGUCGAUUGAACAACCAAUUGGACAACCAAUUGAACAGCUGCAACGGAUACGAACAAAAGGAGAAUUACGAAUACGUAAGUGGGAACCUGAGUAGAUGUAUGUCUUACGACGAUGGUGAGUUAUUUGCAUACAUGCAGAAAAGGAAAGAGGAGGGAGGAUUACAUAACUGCAGUUUUUACAACACACAUGUAAAAGAUACUUAUGGAGAGCAUGACAAGUGUAGCGUCCGUGACACGUAUAAUAGUAGCAGAAACCACGCGAGCCAGUACAGAAAUGCUACUAACCAUAGCGUGGCUAGUAAUUUAGCAUGUAUUCAGAAUGCAGAUAAAGAUAUGACCAAUCAGAAUUAUUUUAUUAAUUCCACAUCGAUUCAUGAAAAUUAUCAAUCCAAAUCGGAUGUACAUGUGAAGAACACCAAUGUGCAAAUAGCACAUGAUAAUAUAACAAGUGGGGGAUACAUGAAUUCAAAACAAAAAUAUACGGACGAAUUGUGCAACGAAUCUUACAGGGAAUCGUACAACAAAUAUAAUAAUUCAGAAACACAAGGUGUAGAUAAUAUAAAAACAUCAGGUUUGCAAUAUGGGCAUGCCAAGGAGGGAAAUGAUAAUACAACAACAGGUAAUAUGAUGAUACCAAUAACAGGAUUAAUGAAUAACAGCGUUGAUUAUGUUUUCACGAAUAGAAAUAAUAUAGAUGGAAUGAAUGGUCAGGAAACAAUGAAUAAUAACUACGAAAGUAAUGUAGUUCAUUCUUUUGGACACCAAAUAAAUGGAAUGAAUAAUAUAAUACAACAAAAUGUGACUGAUAGGAAAAAAGGGCAAAAUAUCAUAAAUAAUCAAUCGUACAUGAAUUUGUACACACCACCUGUAGGUAAUACUGAUAGUAAUAGUGGAGAAAUUAAUAAAAUUACAUCUAGUAAAAGUAAAGAAAAAAUGAAACGCAAGAAGGGAGUUCUUAAUAAUUACAAUUAUGAGCAAGAUGUAUUGCCGAAUUUUUCCCCUGAUAUGAAAAAAAAUAAUAAAAUAAGUGGUAGACAUCAUAGGGAUAAUAUGAAAAAGUUUACCCAAAUCAAUGAUACCAUGAAUCAUGUCAAUAAUGAUUCUGAAUUUUUUGGAAAAGCUUUUCUCGAAAAUGGAACAUCAUCAAUAUCAUCAUCAUCAGGAUCUAAAAUUGAUCACAGCUGUUCUGUGAAUACUGCAAACAAAAUAGAUGCAUAUAAUGGAGAGAUUUUACAUAGUAAAAAGAAAGAGCAGCGUGGAAAUCGAGAGAAGCAAUAUGGAACAGAGGAUAAGGAGAGUGUAAGAGGUACCAACCGAAUCAUCCUAGAUGAAGAAGAAGAAGAAGGAGAAGUAGAAAAAAAAUGGAAAAGACAUAAAAAGGGAAAAGACAGUAUAAUUCGAAAGACAGUUAGAUGGGCAGAAAAUGAAGAGGCACAUAAUUCUAAAGGAAGUACCGUGACACAUGAUAUUGAAGAAGACGAUGAGAAAGGGGUCGAAUAUUAUUAUGAGAAAACGAUGGAUUUUUUAAAAAAAGAAUUCAGUAUUAAUAAUAUGGACAAGAAGAAUAAAUAUAUAAAUGAUAGAGAUAUUUUGGAGAAAACACCCUUUUUCAAACUUGUUAAUUUUGAGAAAAAACUAGCCACGGAAAGGAAACGUGUUUUGAAUUAUUACAACGAAGAUAGAAAACAAAUAUAUUCAAGUAGUAUAAAUAAAGAUAAACAAUUCUCUCAUAUAUUUUUUAAUAAUGAGAAGUAUUAUGAUGCAAAAGAAAUAUUGGCUUAUUUACUACCGUAUCACACAUUUUAUUUGGAUAAUAUUUGUGUCGAUUCUUAUGAUGAUGAUCAGGAAUAUCCUGAAAAUUUUCAGAAUGAUGUAAAAGAAAUUGAGAAAGGGAUUUCUCAAAUUAAGGAUUCCUUUCGCUCCUACACCAACCCCUCAGUGGUUUGGAGUUUUAACAAAAUAAUUGAUAGAACGGACGAUCAGUACAAUAAAAGGAAGAAAAAAAUAGCCAACUCGUGA